UCUAUAAAAAAUGUGUAAAACGGAAUGCCAAAACCAUAACCACCACCCACCUACCACCAUAUUGAAAAAUAAAUUAGUUUAUCGAUGAUGUGAUGUAUAGAGGAUGAAUAAGUUUUAGUUAUUUAGAAGUGGUAUAACAUUAAUGUAUAUUAGUGAAAAUGUCCGGGAAUUAUGGAAUGCAGCAAUUAAUCCCUGUAGUAAACAAAUUACAAGAUGCAUUUGUGCAAAUGGGAGUACACAUGUCUUUGGAUCUUCCACAAAUUGCAGUUGUGGGUGGUCAAUCUGCAGGAAAAAGUUCGGUACUAGAAAAUUUUGUCGGCAGGGAUUUCUUGCCUCGAGGUUCGGGAAUAGUAACUCGGAGGCCCUUAAUUCUUCAGCUCAUACAUGGAAAUGCAGAAUUUGCCGAGUUCCUACAUUGCAAGGGAAAGAAGUUCACGGACUUCAACGAGGUGCGUGGCGAGAUCGAGGCUGAGACGGAUCGUGUGACCGGCAGCAACAAGGGCAUUUCUCCCGUGCCUAUCAACUUACGAGUUUAUUCCCCCAAUGUGCUGAACCUGACGCUGAUCGACUUGCCGGGUCUGACGAAGGUCCCCAUCGGCGACCAACCGGCCGAUAUCGAGCAGCAGAUCAAGGCGAUGAUCUUCCAGUUCAUCCGGCGCGAGUCCUGCCUCAUCCUCGCUGUUACGCCCGCUAACACCGAUUUAGCUAACAGCGAUGCCCUCAAGCUUGCCAAAGAAGUCGAUCCCCAAGGUCUGCGGACGAUCGGCGUUAUCACGAAGCUGGACCUGAUGGACGAGGGCACGGAUGCGCGAGAUGUGCUGGAGAACAAGCUGCUGCCGCUGCGGCGCGGUUACAUCGGCGUCGUCAACCGCUCGCAGAAGGACAUCGAUGGCCGCAAGGACAUCUCCGCCGCUCUCAACGCGGAGAGGAAGUUCUUCCUCAGUCAUCCAUCGUACCGUCACCUCGCGGACCGGCUGGGCACCCCGUACUUGCAGCGCGUGCUGAACCAGCAGCUGACCAACCACAUCCGCGACACGCUGCCAGGCCUGCGCGACAAGCUGCAGAAGCAGCUGCUCGCACUCGAGAAGGACGUCGAGCAGUACAAGCACUUCAGACCCGAUGACCCCUCCAUCAAGACCAAGGCCAUGCUGCAAAUGAUCCAGCAGCUUCAGACGGAGUUCGAGAAGACUAUCGAAGGUUCGGGAUCGGCUCAGAUCAAUACUAACGAAUUGUCCGGAGGAGCUAAGAUCAAUCGACUCUUCCACGAACGUUUCCCAUUCGAGAUCGUCAAGAUGGAGAUCGACGAGAAAGAGCUGCGUCGAGAGAUCGCAUUUGCCAUCCGUAAUAUACAUGGUAUCAGGGUGGGUCUGUUCACGCCAGAUAUGGCGUUCGAAGCCAUCGUGAAGAAACAGAUCUCCCGGCUAAAGGAGCCCUGUCUCAAGUGUGUUGAUCUCGUCGUUCAGGAGUUGUCCAAUGUUGUUCGUGUUUGCACUGAAAGGAUGUCCCGGUACCCGAGGCUGCGCGAGGAGACGGAGCGCAUCAUCAUGUCGCAUGUGCGGUCUCGCGAGCAGCAGUGCAAGGACCAGCUCGUGUUGCUCGUAGACUGCGAGCUCGCAUACAUGAACACCAACCACGAGGACUUCAUAGGAUUUGCCAAUGCUCAGAAUCAGUCGGAGAAUGCAGUAAAAUCUGGUCACCGCACACUCGGCAACCAGGUGAUAAGGAAGGGAUACAUGUGUAUUCACAACCUUGGUAUUAUGAAAGGCGGCUCCCGUGACUACUGGUUCGUGUUGACAUCGGAGAGCAUCUCGUGGUUCAAGGAUGAGGAGGAACGCGAGAAGAAGUACAUGCUGCCUCUUGACGGGCUGAAGUUGCGCGACCUCGAGCAGGGCUUCAUGUCACGUCGGCACAUGUUUGCACUCUUCAACCCUGAGGGCAGGAAUGUUUACAAGGAUUAUAAGCAGCUGGAGUUGUCUUGCGAGACACAAGACGACGUUGACUCGUGGAAAGCAUCGUUCCUCCGAGCUGGAGUCUACCCUGAGAAGACCUCCGAAGCCGCCAACGGAGACGAGGGCGAAGGAAAUGAGAACUCCGACAGCGCUGGCUCGAGCAGCAUGGACCCGCAGCUGGAGCGACAAGUGGAGACCAUCCGCAACUUGGUGGACUCGUACAUGCGCAUCGUGACCAAGACCACGCGAGAUCUCGUGCCCAAGACCAUCAUGAUGAUGAUCAUCAACAACGCCAAGGACUUCAUCAACGGCGAACUGCUCGCUCACCUCUAUGCCUCCGGUGAUCAGUCUCAAAUGAUGGAAGAGUCCCCCGAGGAGGCGCAGAAGCGGGAAGAGAUGCUGCGCAUGUACCACGCUUGUAAGGAGGCGCUGCGCAUCAUCGGUGAUGUGUCGAUGGCCACCGUCAGCACCCCUGUACCGCCGCCCGUCAAGAACGACUGGCUCGAGAGUCGCCUCGACUCCAACCCUCGUCUCUCUCCUCCCUCGCCUGGUGGACCGCGUCGUGCCACCCCUGUACAGCAAGGUUCGCUGGGACAACGUGGGGCUCCGCCGCCGCCCGCUACUGGAAGGCCGGCGCCGCCGCUGCCGUCGCGACCGGGAGGUGCUGCGCCCCCGCCGCCAGCCGGCCGCCCGCUGCCCUCGCAGGGACUGCCCGCACCCCUCAUACCCACGCGGCCGGGCAGUGGCGGUGCCGGUGCUGUAGCGGCGGGCAUGGGCCAGCUGCCUCCGCACAUGCGCCAGCAGAUCAACCAGGCGGUGGGCCAGGCCGUCACCAACGCCGCCAUCUCCGAGCUCAGCUCCGCCUUCGCGAGAUUCAACCGACCAGUACCGAACGCUCCACCGAAGCUGCCCGAGCGACCGCAGAACGGGCGGCCAUUUUGAACGCGCCUCCACUUUGCCGCCAUUUUGUGAUAGCCCACUGUAAAUAUGUCAUCUACGUUACUUCUAUAUUUAGCAAAAUAUUAUUAACAGGAACGGUUAAUAGAGAAUUUAUAUAAGACCAGAAAUAUUAGUCAAUA